AGGAGCAGCCGCCCGUUGCCGAGGAGACGAGGAGAGUGCAGGAGGAGCACGGGGAUUUAGAUCACGUCGAAGAGGCUCUUGAGGUAGACGAGGGGGGAGACGAGGGGAGAGGACAGCCAGGGGAAGCUAUUUUGGAGGACUCCCCGCCUGGAGAAGAGGGAGGGGCUCGGCAGAUGGAAGAGCCAGGAAAUAUCACUGAGGGCGCGACAAAGGAAGCGCCGUGUGGGGCUCAGGUGGGGCAGCAAGCAGUGUCAGUCCUCCUGGAUCAGCCAGACUCCAGGGAGGAAGGAGGGGUUGAGAUGGCGGAAGAGCCCGUGACCGUUCUGGAUGAUGAGGAUUUAGCAGAGCACCCAGAGCCUGUCACUAAAGAUGGAAAGGUAAACACAGAACUUGGGGAGGGGGGAGAAGGGAAGAAGUCGGAAGUCGGUGGGGAAACCCCAACGUCAAUGGAGGUGAGGGCCAUGGAGUCCUCCCAGCCCCCUGUAAGGGUGGGACCAGAAGGGGACGAGAAAGACCUCGCGAGACACGACGCCUCGGUGGAGAACGGCCUCCGGGAACCCCAGGAACAGAAGAAAGCCCAACGCGAGAAGGAGGAGCCCACGUCUGCCGGAAGGAAGCCUCCCUCCUCCCUCCGGAGAGACGCCGAGUGGAUCCCGAAGAACUCCUCCUCCGAGGAGAGCCGCGCCCCGCCGGCGAGGGACGACUGGAUCAAGGAGCUGAGGGAGGUGAUCAAGGAGGAGGCCCAGUCGCCCAAACGGAAGGCGGAACCCUUGAAGAAGAAAAAGGUGGUCCUGAUCCAGGAGACGCCGAGGAGGGAGGAGAGGAGGGAGGAGGCGAGGAAGACCAAGGAGGAGGGGAAGGAGAUGCCCAAGAAGUCGGUGAGGGUGGAGAGCCCACGACCUCAGCGGGAGGACCCACAAGAGUACGAGCUCUCUCUCUACGUCAAGGCUGGCAGUGAUGGGGAGAGCAUCGGCAACUGUCCUUUCUCCCAGAGACUCUUCAUGAUCCUGUGGUUGAAAGGGGUCAUCUUCAAUGUCACUACUGUGGACCUCAAGAGGAAACCAGCAGACCUUCAGGACCUUGCCCCUGGAACGAACCCUCCGUUUGUGACGUUUAACGGGGAAGUGAAGGUGGACGUCAACAAAAUAGAGGAGUUCCUGGAGGAGAAACUCACGCCACCACGGUACCCUCGCCUGGCAGCCAGACACCCGGAGGCCAACACAGCAGGCAUCGAUGUGUUUGCCAAGUUCUCAGCCUACAUCAAGAACCCCCGCAAAGACACUAACGACGUUCUUGAAAAGGCUCUGCUGAAGUCUCUGCAAAGGCUCGAUAGCUUUCUGCGGACCCCGCUAUCGGACGAGCUCGACGGGAACAGCGCUGACAAAGCCCUGGAGUCGUCACGCUGUUUCCUGGAUGGCUCCGACCUGACUCUGGCAGACUGUAACCUGCUGCCCAAACUACACAUCCUCAAGGUGGUUGCCAGGAAGUACCGUGGCUUUGAGAUCCCAGCUGACAUGACAGGGGUGUGGCGAUACCUGAACCACACCUACCAGAGGGAGGAGUUUAUCAACACCUGCCCUGCCGAGAGGGAGAUCGAGUUUGCCUACUUGGAUGUGGCCAAACGGAUCAAGUAAAAAGUGGGAGGAUUAGGAAUUACAAGGACCAAUUCCAAACCAAUUCCUCUCACCCUUUAAUGGGAUGUUGAUGACUCUUGAUGAGUGCAGGGAUUGGUGGAUAGGACUGGUGUUCAAUUUUACAUUUGGUUUGGAAUUGGACCAUAGCAUUAAAAAAAAAUACACGUGUUUGAAUGUGUGUGUGUAUGUGUGUCUGUGUACUCACGGGUUGGGUUUCACAGUGGUUGUGUUGUACUGUCCGAUGUGAAUAUGAGACCCAUAGAAUGAUCAGGUCUACAUGAAGAACAAUGCUUUUAGUCCAUUAUCAGUCCAAUACUAGACAAAUGUUUGUCCAGUACUAGUCCUAAUCUACAAUGUGUACAAUAUCAAAGUCUAUUGGAUGGGCAAUGUACUGUAGUCAGAUUAUAUUGCACUACUAUCCAACAGACUCCAAAUCCCUGAGAGCAUGUCUGAACUACAUGAAGCAACCAUGACCAUUUAGUAGACUCCAUGCUGCAUUGUAAGAGUAAUUGUAAACAAUACACCUGUCAUCAUUUUCAUUGUGAAUCCAACACUAUGGCCUUGACUACAAUAUAUUAUUAUGUACCCAUUUAUGCAUCGGAAUCAUUAAUAUGAGAAAGUCUCUCUAAAUUAAAAUCAACUUAUUUUAUUUCUUUCUAUUUUUCAUUUUGUUUGUCAAUCAGAGUGGAAAGGCUGACAAGCUGCGAGGACAAGGAUCUAAGGAGCCAUGACAGUUGUCUACUUGUACCUUUUACAAAAAGCUAACUGUACUCACUAUCACUGUACCAAUAAUAACAUCACUGGUUCUACUAAUGAAUUGAUCAUGCUUAAAUGUCUUAUUUGCAUGUACUGAUGGACUGUCGGGACAGAGAUGGGCGGGGCUUGAUGUUGAGUAGCAAACCUGAUUGGGCCUUCCCUGGCCAUGUGAUGGACUCUGGUGGCCAGUUUGUUUUGUGGAACUAUGUGCACCAAACCAACACCCACACAGCCCUGUGUACAUGCCUUACACCCCUCAGCAGAGGAAGUCAUAUUAAACUGAUCUCAGAUCACUUCUGUGCUCG